AUGCAAGAAAUUAAAACUAUUCUGCAGACUGAAUUAAGGAAUCAUGAUCAAAUCCAAGAAUUAGAAGAAUACUUUUUUAAGCAAUUCGAUUAUAUUCGCAACUUGAAAUCUAAAUUAGAUGCCCAAUUAUAUCUGAUGCUAUUUGAAUAAAUCAAAUAUGAGAAAUACCCACCACUUACGCCUAUCUUUGAAGCAGGUGACAUAGGCAGAAGAAUGUAUUUUAUAAUCGACGGUACAGUAGGCAUAUUCAAACCAAAAAAUGCUGAUGCAAAACCACAUCCUGGCAAAUAUCACACAUUCCAAGAGAUUACUGAGAGAAGGUACUUCUAAUAUCAAUUUGUCAACAUCUUAAAAGCAGGAACAUAUUUUGGCGAAGUUGCAUUGCAUCAGAAAGGACCUAGAAAUGCUUCUGUUUGUUCCAUUACAAAAUUAGAAUUAGCAGUUAUUACUUAUGACACUUAUCAAAAGAUCUUAUCAUUGGCAGGCUAACAAUAGAACGACUACAAAUUUAAUUUUCUAAAAUCGAUCUCACUUUUUGAAGGCUGGAAAGACAGUGCUCUAUUAGCGAUGUUAAUGAAUUGCGAAGAAUAGUAUUAUUCUCCCUUCACUUACAUCUUUAAAUAGAAUUAGCCCAUUGAUUUUGUGUACUUUAUAGUCAGCGGUGAAGUUAAAUUGAAAGUAUUCAGAAGAAUAGAAGAACCUGGUGAAUCAAAAAACUAAAUCAAUAAAAUCGAUGGAAUCACUCAUCUUACUACUAACCAAUAUUUUGGUGACAUGGAAUUAUACUAUGAGGAUUGCCCUCAUUAAUUAAGAAGUUCAGAGGCACAAACCUAAUCCUCAUGCAAAUUAUUGAAAAUUUGUGCACGGCAGUUUAUUGAUAAUUAUAGACUAUUCUCAACCAUCUCUAAACCAAGAGCCUUAUCAUAGAGACAAUUACAUCAUCGGAGUUCCAUGUAGAAAAUCAGAGAUAAAGUAAUAUCACAAAAAAUCAAUCUCUAAAUGGUUAAAGUGUAAGAUGCUCCAAAAUAAAUAGAAGAAAUUCACUUUUAACCAAUUAUUCCACAAAUUCCAAUCAGAUUUAAGGUGAAAUUUGGUUAAGUGCAAUCUUAAGAUUACUUGUCCCAAAGAUCAUUAUUAUCAACUGAUCUAUUAAACCCAGAUAGAUUACGUUAGACUUUUGGUUAUGUCCCAAUGAAAUGCGUAGAUUAGACUUUUAUUAAUUGCGUUAAAUAAAUGAGAAUUUCUAAAAAAUCCCCAUUGCGAAAGAGAACAUUUAGUAUUAAAUGA